AUGACGCCACCUUAUCAAAAUGACGCAACGUUAACACAAAAAGUGCAAUUGACAUAUCAAACUUUACUUCGCUCUACACGUAUGAGGAAUCGUUCUUUGUCUCUUGUAAAUGCUUAUUAUUUAGGUCAACUUAUUGAUGCCGCGACUACUUCUCCUGCUCAACGAACGCUACAAAUGGCAACGCUUACGAAACAUUAUUACCGAACUGCUAUUCGAGUUUAUCACCUCUUUGAAAACUUAGGAGUCCAACGAAUCUUCACUACUCAACGCUUAACCUUGACCAUGAUUCGCCAACUGAA